CUUAAGAGUUAUAUUUUAAUGACACCUCAGUUUCCACACGUCUUCUUCUUGUGGCUCUACGGCAGAAGACUUUCCCAGCAAAUCAAUUUCGUAUUCUUCUUCGCAUCUACAGGGCUAGAUCUCUGCCGCAUCCCCUUCACCCCUGAUUCGUCUCCAAAAAUACACUGAUUUUUUGAUUAAUUUCUUCACCUAAGGAAAGAAAUCAAUGGUCUCUGCUUCGCCAAAGGAAAGUAUCGAAGAUUCUCCCGAUCUCUCUACAAUUAGGUUUAACAAAUCUUCUUCACAUCCAUGGCCAUGGCUCUGCAUCGUAUCAACGAUUCUGCCAAUCUCUCUGCAACUCAAUUCUUUACCGACUAAAAAAGGCAAGGAAAAUCAGCACACACAUUCUUUUCCUUCUAUGGUCUUCUUCUCCUUCUGCGCACGUCAGCAACCGUUCAUGCACGAUCUCAAUCUCUAGACACUACAAUCUCGCUACCAAGUCUCUCUAUCUGUUUCUGUCGAAUCGAAGAGCCACAUUAUCAGCCAUGCGACACAGCCUUUUUUUGAUCUUUUGCAGAGAACUACAGACUAGACGCAUCAGAGUGCAGUGAUUCACGGACACGGUGAUAAUGUCACUCCUUUCGAGACUUGCAAUAGGUCAACAACAUCACACUCCAACAACGACACCACCAUUUUAAAGUGGUGAAGUUGAACACAUGUUCUAAGGAAUAUGAUGCCAAUAGAUGGAUGGGUUGUACUCCAUACUAUUUUUUGAGCUAUAUGUGGUUGUGUUAUUGCCAAGCUCGACGGUUGGACUCCAAAGCGUGGGGGUUGCCAUAAGAAGACUUGAUUGGGGAUUUUAUCGAUGCUAAAGACAAACAAAUGACAUGACUUCGAGAUAGUAUAUCAAGAUUCAUGCCAAUGAAGAAGAAUCUGAUCUUAUAGAUUGAGACAAGUCAGUCAUCGAGUGACAAGGUCGAAGAAAAAUAAUAUUAUACUUGAUUUAUUAAUGAGUUUUAUUUUAUGGUUUGACUUGCAUGAUAUGGUUAGCAUUCACCAUGUAAGAGUACGUAGUAGAUGAUUUUAUGGUUUAGUCUACAAAUACUUUAUUUUGUUUAGCCUAAAACCUUAAACACAUGUCUUGGUUCAAAUGUCUUGGUCAAUGGUAAAUUUAAAAUUCAAUAAAUUUCAAUAAAUUGA